AUGCGACGCAGCGAGGGCCCAGCUCCCACCACACACAGCGACGCCGAUUACCUCCGCGAGGUGCUGCUGUUGGAAGAUGGGCGCACCGAAGAGCUCUGCGACGCGGACCUCACCAAGGAGGCCGAGGCGCUGGGUAUCGCCAUCCCGCGACCACCAAGUCCGCGCAACACGGCACACGAUUCCCUCUGCGAGAGCGCCAUCACGGUCGCGAGUCACCAUGCGAGGACGACGUCGUCUGCGUCGCGAGGGAGCGAUUCGACGGGCAUGACGUCGAGGUCGUCUCUGGAUCAUGCCGCGCCGCCGCAGAUGAGGAAGCGGUCCAACCCCCGCCGCAGUCUGUCUUUCUCGGAAUAUGAGAAGUUCGUGAUGCAAACGGAGGCGCGAGAUGCUGCGAACUUGGACUUCUCCCCUCCGCCCGUCCCUGCAGAACCCGCCCCCUCACUGUUUUCCGUGUCGACGAGACGAUCGUACGCCAGUAUUCGGAAAGGCAUCAAGAGUCGUCUGCGGCUGAGGAGGACCAAGACUUCCGAGGAAGCUACGCCGUCCUGUAUAUGCUGUCGAGAAGACUCCGAGAAGACAAGACCCGUCCAUACCCUCCCUUGCCAACACAGCUACUGCGACGCCUGUCUACGGGCCCUGAUCUCGCAAGCCAGCACAGACGAAUCCAAGAUGCCACCAAGAUGCUGUAGCCGCGCCAUCCCCGCCUCCGUCAUCAAGAGCCUCCUCUCCCGCGAAGAUCAGCACAAUUUCAUGAAAUCCGUCCUGCAGUUCAGCACCCCCUGGUCCCAGCGAAUCUUCUGCACGAACCCCGCCUGCGGGGAAUUCAUCCCCAAGCGCGACAAAAUCGACCCUAAGCACCCCUUCGAAGUCGUGUGUCGGAAAUGUCGGACGCGAGUCUGCUCCACAUGCAAGAGCGCCGCGCAUGCGUUGGGCCAGGCCUGUCCUGCCGACUGGGAGCUAGAUGCUGUUCUCCAGAUGGGCGGGAAUACCGGUUGGAGGCGCUGCUACAAGUGCCGGGACUUGGUUGAACUGACCCAGGGAAGUAGCUACAUAACCUGUCGGUGCAAAGCGCAGUUCUGCUAUGUCUGCGGCGCAGUAUGGGAUUCUGUUAUUGGCUGCCCGAACUUCUGUAACGGCGAGGAAGAGCUCGAGCGACGACGUCUCGAGGAAGAAGCGCGGAUAGCGGAACUCGAAGCAGAAAGGUUAGCCAAGGAGGAGGAGGAACAGCAGGAGGCAGCAGAGAAGCUCGCGGCUGAGAAACGGACGCUCGAGUCGGAGCAACUGAAUACCUUGAGGACGAGGCAUAUCAACGAACGAGAUCGCUUCUGUGCUUUUGAGAGAAAGGUGAAGCGGGACAUGUGGACCCGCCAGGCGCAAGUGCGGCUCGACACCCUGGGUCGACACAGUGAGCUCCAGACGAAGAUGAAAGAGAGGCACCUGGGAACGGCGGCGCAUCUGGAAGACCGCCAGGUGGGCGCCGAGAUGGAACUCCGCGCCACGCUCAAGCAGAGCGAGCGCAGCGUCCACAUCCGCCUCCGCCAUAUGGAAGCCUACUGCGAUGGGCUGGGAAGGAGUGCAAACGGCUCCAACCCGGCCCGCGUCGUCACUGAACGGGAUCUGAGGGAGCUGGGCCAGCAGUAUAACCUGCGGGAUGACAUGGAACGUCUCCACCAGAGCAAGAUCAACGUGAUGCGCGACAAGCAAGCGAAACAGAUGGAGCAUCUGCUCUCACGGCAAGAGGAGGAACUGAAGAGACUAACAGCGAAACACGCGGAAGAAUUAAGAAUCCUCGAACUCAGCUUCGCGACGGAAGACGAAGACUUCGUGAAGCUCUUCUCUGAACGAAGGAGAAGGCUGACUAGUCGAUGGUACCUGGCUGAGGAAAUCGAGAGGAAGAAGCUCGAAAUCAGGACGAAGCUCCGCUUUGCGCCCAUGGCCGCCAUCGAGUGGCCGCCUCCCGCGCCUGAGAUGGAGGAGCAGCUACACGUCGUUUCCGAGGACGAUUAA